AUGUCUCAAUCAAACCAUGUCAGUGACGAAGUUACAAUACCUUUACUCCAAAACAUGCCUCUUCACGAGAAACUGCAUUUACUUAAAAAUUACUUUACUGAAGCAGUCUCAAUCGCCAUAAUCUUUUUCCCAUUUGUACUCACAUCUGUUUUCACUUACCUUCGCUCCUUAGCCUCUAUGCAUUUCCUAGGCGGUCUUGGUUCCUUUACUCUUGCUGGCUGCUCCCUCGCCCUUGCAUCCGCCAACAUUACCGCUUACGCUCUGUUCUCCGGGUUGACCGGGGGCGCCGAAACCAUCUGUUCACAAGCCAUCGGCGCAAAACGCUAUAACCUCUUCAGGGCAACCAUCUGGCGAGGAAUGAUCCUCCUCCUCUUCACAUCAUUCCCGGUUUUAUUUAUCUGGUUAAACAUCGAGAGGAUUCUGACAAUGUUGAAACAGGACAUGGAGCUUGCGUCCAUAGCUGGCACCUUUCUGCUUUACUCUGUUCCGGAUCUCGUCGCUCAAUCUUUAUUGCACCCAUUAAAAGCUUAUCUCAAGACUCAGUCAAAGACUCGGCCCCUAUCAAUCUUGACAGGAGUGACGAGUAUUCUCCAUUUUCUGAUCAUGUACCUUUUCGUGUCCUACUUCAAGUUUGAGGUUAAAGGUAUCGCUGUGAGUAGUGUUUUGUCAAAUUUUAUCCUUGUGGCCUUUCUCUUCACUUUCUUCAAAGGAAACAAGCUAGGUAGCGACGAUGAGGAGGAGGGGGUUACAGAGGAGUCAUAUGAAGAUAGAGUGAGAGAAUGGAAGAAACUGUUUUAUCUCGCGAUACCGAGUUGUGGAAUGGGUUGUCUCGAGUUUUGGUUCUAUGAGAUAAUGAUUUUGAUUUGUGGGCUUCUUGGAAAGCCCAAGGUAGCUAUUGCUUCAAUGGGACUUAUCAUUCAAAUCACUUCUCUUGUUUACAUUUUCCCUCAUUCGCUGAGCUCCGCAGUCUCGACUCGGGUCGGAAACGAGCUUGGUUCGAACCGGCCACAUGCAGCGAGAAGAGCCGCCAUCGUCGGACUCUGUCUCAGCAUUCUCCUCGGGAUCAUGGCUUCCACGUUCAUGUUCUCGGUCAGAAACGUAUGGGCUACGUUUUUCACGGAUGGUGAACAAGUCAUUAAUUUAGUUUCUAAGGUUCUACCGAUAGUUUGCCUUUGCGAGCUAGGAAACUGCCCUCAGACGACGGUAGGUGGCGUUCUCAGAGGGUCUGCAAGGCCGUGGGUGGGAGCUUCGAUUAACGCAGCGGCGUUUUAUGCGAUUGGUUUGCCUGUUGCAUUGGUUAUGGCGUUUCCGUUUGGGUUUGGGUUUGGAUUAAAGGGACUUUGGCUCGGAAUGCUCGCAGCGCAGAUAACAUGUGUGAUUGGUAUGAUGGUGGCGAUGUAUAGGAUUGAUUGGGAACUUGAGGCAGAAAGGGCUAGGGAUCUCACAUCGUUGGAUGACUGCAGAAGCGACGGUGAGGUCGAGGAUGGGGAGGCUGGGCGGUUGAUUAGUAGGGUCGAGUCUUUUGAGGGAUAG